CCUCCCCUUCUCUCUCUCUCUCUCUCUCUCUCUCUCUCUCUCUCAGGGUUUGCGAACACUUUCUCCUUCUCAUCUCUCUGAUUCGAUCCCUCAUCUCUCUGAUUCGAUCCCGUUCUUCGUCUUCUUCUUCUUCGAUUUGGCGAUUUGAUCUCGAAAUUAGGGUUUUGGGUCUGUGAUUUGUGGAUUUGGGGAUUCGAUUUGGGGGGGUUGGGAUUGGGAAGGAGAUGAAAUCGUCGCUGAGGAAGCUGCGCGGGUUCGCGCUGCAUAGGUACGACCGCCACAAGGAGAGGAGGGAGCCCAAGAACCCUCCGGGGCACCACGACGAGCUCUUCCAAGCCGCCCAGGACAUGGUAGAUAUGAAGAACUCUUAUGAUAGCUUACUUUCUGCAGCAGCUGCAACUGCAAACAGUGCAUAUGAAUUCUCUGAAGCCCUUAGGGAAAUGGGUACUUGUCUGCUAGAAAAAAUUGCGAUAAAUGAUGAUGAAGAAAGUGGUAGGGUUUUGUUGAUGCUGGGGAAAGCACAAUUUGAACUUCAGAAGCUUGUUGAUAGCUAUCGAAUCCAUGUCACUCAGACCAUUACGACUCCAUCAGAAUCUCUUCUUAAGGAGCUUCAGAAUGUAGAGGAUAUGAAGCGCCAGUGUGACGACAAAAGGGAUUUGUACAAGUUCAUAUUAGCGGCAAACAGAGAUAAAGGAAGGUCAAGGCACUCCAAAGGUGAAAAUUUUACUACAGAACAAUUGCAACAAGCUCAGGAAGAUUACCAGGAGGAGGCAACUCUCUUUGCAUUUCGGCUGAAAUCAUUAAAACAGGGACAGCUUCGGAGUCUUUUGACGCAGGCCGUUCGACACCAUGCAGCUCAGUUGAGUUUUUUCAGGAAAGGAGUUAAGUCUCUUGAGGUGGUGGAGCCCCAUGUUAAAGCAGUUGCUGAACAGCAGCAUAUUGAUUAUCACUUCAGCGGACUUGAGGAUGAGAACUCAGGCGACGAUGAGGAAGGUAGUGAGGAUGAUGAUAAUGAUAGUCAUGAUGGAAGUCAUGAUGGGGAAUUGAGUUUUGAUUAUGGACGGAAUGACCAGGUCCCUGAUGUUGGUUCGAUCUCUAGAAAUUCAAUGGAUGAACAUCACGACAAAAGCCAAGCUGAUUUUCUCUCUUUUAAUAGAGGGCUAAUGGCUGGUAGCCAAUCGGCUCCAAUUUUAACUGAAAAGAAGCUCGAAUCCUCAGAAAGAGUAAAGGAGUUGCGUCCUUCCUCGACAAAGAAGUUUCACACUUAUGUCCUUCCCACUCCAGGUGACACCCACAGCGCUUCUUUAUCAGGACCAAUCAAUCCAGACCGUCAAUCUCAGCCGACGCAACUAUGGCACACGUCUCCUCUCCACCCAAGUAUGUUCACAAAGGAUUCGAGAGAAAAUGAAACACCACCUCACACAAGAACACCCAAAGAACAGUCCGUUCUCAGAGAGAGCAACAUUAAUAGUUGGCCGACGAGGAUUAAACCUCCUCCGUUGAGUGAGGGAAUAACAUUACCAAUUCAUAAAAACCUACAAAAUGAUCCAGAUAGUACCAAGAAGAUGAAGAAAGAAGCUUUUUCUGGUCCAUUGACAAGCCAACCAAUGUCAGUGGAACAUCCUAGAACUGCUCUUGCUCCAGUGAAGCCAGCAAUGCUUAUACCUCCGCCUCAGCCAUCUGCAUCACCACCACCGAUAUCAUCACCUAGAAUCAAUGAACUCCAUGAACUCCCGAGGCCCCCUGUUAAUUCAUUCAGACCUUAUAGACCGUCUAGUUUGAUUCCUCAUUCAGCCCCUUUGGUCCCAAUGAAUUUUUCGCCUAAACCCUCCAAUAAUUCAUCAGUGUCAUCGCAGACAGCAUCGCCGCUACCGACCCCACCAGGCGCUAUGGCUCGUAGUUUUUCUAUACCCUCGAGUGGUCAGAGAACACCUAGGGUUUCGGUUGCUACAUUAACUAGGGUUCCCGAAAAUAGAAAUUCGAGUAUGGACGUGUCUUCUUCGCCUCCUUUGACAUCUUCAGCAUCUGACUUCCGGGAUACAAAAACAUAAGCUUCCUUGUAUAUUAGAAACUCAGUCCUGCUAAGCAAUUUCUGUACGCGGUUUCUGUACAUACUAGUUGAAUGUAUUUUUAGCUUACAUCUUCCCCCACAUAAAUUGAUCCUCCUCACUCGUUCCGUUCAGCCUGCUGGUGACAGAGAGCAAUCAAGUAUCAAGUACGAAAUCCUGUUCCAGUAAGAAUAAAUCCAUGUCUGCUGAUUCAUCAAUGAGGAAUUUUGAUUUUAUUU